CGUGCUCGUUGUGAAGUUGGACUUUGUUGGUUUUGAACUUUGGCCACCUUGCGACUCUCGACCAGCUACAGACUGCAGUCCGCUUCAUGGUCACUGUAAGCAGCGCUCCACUCUAGACGCGCAUCUCUGCCCUUCCUUCCUUUGACUCUAUCUUCCAAGUAUGCCUGACCAACAAAGUCCGAUCACUGCUGUCCUGCGUAGCCCGGCAGAGUUCAGUCUGCCAAGCAAAUGGACAGCCGACAUCCUCAAUCUUGACUCUACCAGAGCGAAGCAAGCAGCGCGUCUACUAGCUCUUGCAACAGGUGAUCAGCAUGCUAGAGCCUUGCUCAGUGCUUUUGAUCCAAGCUUUUUCCCCGAGUCGUUCACGGAACCAGCUCAGCAGCCUCCAACUAGCAUAGCAGCAGGUACAACCAACAACAAAAUCAUGGCUUGAUCUGACAACGAAGACGAUCUUGACCAAUGUGAUCGCCUUGCACACGAUACUCGCAUGAUCAAGGUAUCAACACGACCACGACGUGUGUCCGCGGAUGGUUGCAAGUUUACUGGGAUCCAGGCUGUCGAAUCCAUUCGCAAAGCAUUGUCGAGCCAGGGAAGGCAGUACGUCAUCUUAAACGCGUCUUCCUGUCGCUUGCCAG